AUGGCAUAUCAUCAAUGUCGUUGGAAUUAUAAUGAUGAAGAUGAUGUACGAAGUGUCAAUAAUGGUUUUGAACAAUAUCAAAUUCCACUUGAUGUUAUUUGGCUUGAUAUUGAACAUACAAAUGGUAAACGUUAUUUUACUUGGGAUACAUCGAAAUUUCCUGAUCCAGAAAAAUUACAAGAUGAUUUAGCUAUUUAUGGAAGACGAAUGGUUACUAUUACUGAUCCACAUAUAAAAAAAGAUGAUGGAUAUCAUGUAUAUGCAGAAGCUAAAUCACAUGGUUAUUUUGUUAAAACAAAAGAUGGAGCAGAUUAUGAAGGAUGGUGUUGGCCAGGUUCUUCAAUGUGGCUUGAUUAUUUUAAUCCAGACAUCUAUAAAUGGUAUUCUCAACGUUUUACUUAUGAAGCUUAUAAAGGUUCAACACCAAAUCUUUUUAUUUGGAAUGAUAUGAAUGAACCAUCUGUUUUCAAUGGACCUGAAGUUACAUUUCCAAAAGAUAUUGUUCAUUAUGGUGGAUGGGAAAAUCGUGAUGUACACAAUAUAUAUGGUAUGCUUCAACAUAUGGCAUCAUUUAAUGGUCUUGUUGACCGUUCAAACGGAAACACACGUCCAUUUGUAUUAACUCGUUCAUUUUUUGCUGGUUCACAACGAACAACAGCUGUUUGGACAGGUGAUAAUGCAGCUCAAUGGAGUCAUCUUAAAAUUGCUGUACCAAUGUUACUUAGUUUAUCAGUAACUGGUAUUCCAUUUGUUGGUGCUGAUGUUGGUGGAUUCUUUAAUAAUCCUGAUCCACAAUUACUUGUUCGAUGGUAUCAAGCUGCAGCAUUUCAACCAUUUUAUCGUGAACAUGCUCAUAUUGAUACAGCUCGCCGUGAACCAUGGUUAUUUGGUGAUGAAAAUACACGACUUAUUCGACAAGCUAUUGAACAACGUUAUAGUUAUUUACCUUAUUGGUAUACAUUAUUCUAUAAACAAGAAAAACAAGGCAUACCACCAAUGUUACCAUUAUGGGCAAAUUUUCCACGUGAUAAAAAUACAUUUCGAGCCGAAGAUUCAUUUAUGAUUGGUAAUGGUCUUCUUGUUUGUCCUGUAACGGAAGCCGAUACAAAUCAAGUUUCAAUUUAUUUUCCUGGAGAAAAUACGGUUUGGUAUGAUAUACGAACAUUUGCUCAACAUAAUGGUUUAGAAAGAGGACUUAUUAAUGUUAAUAUGGAAUCGAUCCCUGUUUUUCAACGUGGUGGUGAAAUUAUUCCACAACGUUUACGAAAACGACGUGCAUCAAUGCUUGCUAUACAUGAUCCAAUUACUUUAGUUGUUGCACUUGAUCGAAAUCAUCAAGCUGAAGGUGAACUUUAUAUGGAUGAUGGUCAAUCAUAUGAUUAUCGACAAAAGCAUCAGUUUAUUCAUCGUCGUUUUACAUUCAAAAAUAAUGAACUUCAAUCAAUAUCUCUUGAUUCUACAGCUAAAUUUGAAACAGAUGCUUGGAUUGAACGAAUUGUUAUUCUUGGUUAUCCAAAAAAUCCAAGUCGUAUAACAAUUAAUUCAGGCGAUAAACAAGCUAUUCCACUUCAUAGUUAUCAAGAUGCAUCACAAACUCUUAUUAUUCGACGACCAGGUCCAUCUGUAACAGCUGAUUGGACACUUACACUUUCAUAA